GGCGCGGAGGGGCGAGCCCCCGCCGCGGCCGGAGGUAGCGGUAGUGGCGGCAGCCGGAGCGCGGCCGUGGGGAGCGUGGGCCCCGCGUUGAGGGGCGGUGAGGUCGCUCCUGGAGCUGUGCAGGUUCGGCGGGGCCCGGGGGCUUGGUCACCGGCCCCGGGGGGCCGCGGCGGCAACGGCAUGGAGCAGACAGCGCCUAAGAGCAAACUGAAAAAGCUAAGUGAAGAUAGUUUAACUAAGCAGCCUGAAGAAGUCUUUGAUGUUCUGGAGAAGCUUGGUGAAGGGUCUUAUGGUAGCGUGUUUAAAGCAAUACACAAAGAAUCUGGACAAGUUGUAGCAAUUAAACAGGUCCCUGUGGAGUCAGAUCUUCAAGAAAUAAUUAAAGAAAUCUCUAUAAUGCAACAAUGUGACAGUCCUUAUGUUGUCAAGUACUAUGGCAGCUACUUUAAGAACACAGAUCUAUGGAUUGUUAUGGAAUAUUGUGGAGCUGGCUCUGUUUCGGACAUAAUUAGACUGCGUAAUAAAACGCUAACAGAAGAUGAAAUUGCAACUAUUUUGAAAUCUACUCUUAAAGGACUUGAAUACUUGCACUUUAUGAGAAAAAUUCAUAGAGAUAUAAAAGCUGGAAACAUCCUUCUUAACACUGAGGGACAUGCAAAAUUAGCUGAUUUUGGUGUGGCUGGCCAGUUAACAGAUACAAUGGCAAAACGUAAUACUGUUAUAGGAACUCCAUUUUGGAUGGCUCCUGAAGUCAUACAAGAGAUUGGCUAUAACUGUGUGGCAGACAUCUGGUCCCUUGGUAUAACUUCAAUAGAAAUGGCUGAAGGAAAGCCUCCAUAUGCUGAUAUUCACCCAAUGAGGGCUAUUUUUAUGAUUCCUACAAAUCCCCCUCCAACCUUCCGGAAACCAGAGCUCUGGUCUGAUGAAUUCACAGAUUUUGUGAAGAAAUGCUUAGUGAAAAAUCCUGAACAAAGAGCUACAGCAACCCAGCUGCUGCAGCAUACAUUUAUUAAGAAUGCUAAGCCAGUUUCAAUUUUAAGGGACCUGAUCACAGAAGCAAUGGAGAUAAAGGCAAAGCGACACGAGGAACAGCAGAGAGAGCUAGAAGAGGAGGAAGAAAAUUCGGAUGAAGAUGAGUUGGACUCUCACACCAUGGUGAAGACCAAUUCAGAGAGCGCUGGUACCAUGAGAGCCACCAGCACAAUGAGUGAGGGCGCUCAGACAAUGAUUGAGCACAACAGCACCAUGUUAGAAUCAGACUUGGGGACCAUGGUAAUCAACAGUGAUGAUGAUGAAGAGGAAGAUGGGACCAUGAAACGAAAUGCUACUUCACCUCAAGUUCAAAGACCUUCUUUCAUGGACUACUUUGAUAAACAAGAUUCCAAGAAUAAAAGCCCUGAAAACUGUAAUCAGAACAUGCAUGAACCUUACCACAUAUCCAAAAACGUUUUCCCUGAUAACUGGAAAGUCCCUCAAGAUGGAGACUUUGAUUUCUUAAAAAAUCUGAGUUUAGAAGAAUUACAGAUGAGACUAAAGGCUUUGGACCCUAUGAUGGAACGAGAAAUUGAGGAGCUUCGUCAGAGGUACACUGCAAAGAGGCAACCUAUCCUAGAUGCAAUGGAUGCAAAGAAACGGAGGCAGCAAAAUUUCUGACUUUGUUUUCCUUUCAAACAUACUACUAGGAGUCAGUGUGGACACUGGCAACUUCGUAAGCCAGAAGGAAUUCGAUUAUGAGAGUUUUCAAAAAUCCAAUCUGUUAAAUUUUCCUUCAUCAGCAGUGACAAUUGCAGCAGUCAAGAAUAUUCAUGUGGUGUUCUGCAAAGGCACCAAAACACUUUACCACUUAUUUGCAUUUUCAGAUGUUUAAUGUAAUAGAAGUUUAAUCUGUUACUUCCCAAUCUUUUUCAGGUGGGUAGUGGUAACUUGGUAUUGUACAUUGGGAGUUGUGUUUUGGAGCACCUGGAAUGUUUUCUUGAUUGUGCAACACUACCGAGCCUUAUAUUACAAUGUAUUUUUCUCCCACAUAGUAGCAUAUUUAUUAUGUAAUCUUUGGUUAUCCUAUUUAUUUUAUGCCUGUUUUCUGUUGGGAAGUAUUAGGAUAAUACUGUGGAGAGCAGAGUCAAAUUAGAGAAACUUGCUGUUGUAGUAUACUGAAAAGCUGCUCACCACUGUAGUAUCUUUUAAAACUCCAAAUUCAGCAUGUAUCCUGAUUCAGGACAACACUUGAACAUGUAUCCAGCCCAUUCAUAGCAGUAAAAUUUAGGAAUAAAGUAAGUAAUAGGCACAUGUUUUCUGCUCUCCUGAAUCAGGGACUGUUGUACAGAACAGUUGUUACACUACAGAGCAUUCUUUGAGAGAGGAUUUCUGUUAUUUGUACGCACACUGAGUCAGCUGUCAUUAAACAAGAAAACAAGUGCCUAAUCAGUUUUAAUUUUUGUUAGUCAGGAGAAGCAAUACUUACAGUCACUCCUUAAGUGUAAACUUCCAAUUGCUAUUGCAAUUCUGACCAGUAUAAACCUCUAUUUUGCACGGUAGUUUUAUAAUGAAGUAACAGCUACACUUUCUGGUUAUGUUUUUUUGUUUCAUUUGGGGUUUUUUAAUCACUGUUUUGAGGGGAGAGGGGAAUUAUUAGUGCUUUGGGGUUUGUUUGUUUUCAUAUUGUAACUACAAAGGGAUAGUAAUUUAAAAACCAAAGAAAAUAAAUUGAAUACUUAUAUUUAAUAAGUACAGAAAAGAAGCAGCAUUUAAUAGUGUUCUGGGGGGUUUGUCCUGCAAUUGCUAAACAUUCAAAAUUCCUAUAGUCUUCUGCUGGUAGAUUUUGGGGACUCAGAAAUGCAGGACCAAGCUCUUAAUAGCUUUUUAUAAGUUCUUGUCUGGUUUAUGUUGUGGAAUAUCUAUUGGUAGAAUUUACAACGUUGUAAGAAAUAUUUCUGACUUUGCAGAAAAUGUGAUCCACUCUCUAAACAAUCUGCUGUGUUCUGUAUUGAAAUCUUUACUAUCGUUGCCUUGUAUGUAAAUAACUUCACUGUGAUAGUCAUACUUCUUUAAACAAUACAGCUGAAAAGAUCUUUACAUUCAGCCUUCAGCUGUUAAACUUUUAAUGGUGACUACUGUAUGGGCAUCUUCUGUUAGACGUUUUCUGGAAGUUAGUAAUCAUCUCAUACCUCUUAACAUUAAUUGUCAACAUAUGUGGACCAUUUAGAUGGAAUAGUGCCAAUUUUGGAAAUGAUGCAUUAUGUCACAAAGCUUAUGCCAAUGGAAACAAAAAGUUCUUAGAGGAUCAGCAUUCUACAGCCAUGCUGGUACCAGAACUUGGGUUUGAGCCGUAUACAGCUGUUGCUGUCCUUGUCAUUCUCUGUGUGUAUGCAUGCACACCACGCUCUGACAUGUAAACCCUAGAGGCAAAUAAAUCUUAAUUGUGAUUAUUAGAA